AUGAAUGAUGCCUUGGAGAUCAUGAAGAAGCAGGCAACUCUCAACAUAGGAACCAUUGGGCAUGUGGCACACGGAAAGUCCACCAUUGUAAAGGCAAUAAGCGGGAUAAGCACAAUAAAAUUCAAGGCAGAGCUCGAGCGCAACAUCACCAUAAAGCUAGGAUAUGCCAACGCCAAGAUAUACAAGUGUGACUCCAAAUGCGUGAGGCCCAACUGCUACCAAUCGUUUGGAAGCUCCAGUCCAGAUCGGCUUUCGUGCAAGAAGUGCGGAGGGACUCUGAAGCUCGUCAGACACGUGUCUUUCGUGGACUGCCCUGGGCACGACGUUUUGAUGGCGACGAUGCUGAACGGAACGGCCAUAAUGGAUGCAGUGCUGCUUCUGAUAGCGGCCAACGAGCCCUGCCCACAGCCCCAGACUACUGAGCAUCUGUUUGCCGUGGAGAUUAUGGACCUCAAGAAGGUCCUGGUUGUACAGAACAAGAUUGAUCUUGUUUCCAGGGAACAAGCGCUGGAGCAGCACGACCAGAUCCAGAAGUUCUUGAAGACAUCGAAUGUCUCAGGGCCUGUGAUCCCGACGGCUGCCCAGAUUGGGGUCAACAUCCCUGCACUCCUGGACUUUAUUGUUAACUACAUUCCCGAGCCUGUCAGAGAUUCGACAGCACGCCCAAAGAUGAUUGUGAUCAGAAGCUUUGAUGUCAACAGGCCGGGAACCAGGGUGUGCGAGAUGUCUGGAGGGGUGAUUGGAGGAAGUCUUGUUACUGGGAUGCUGAGGGUUGGGGACAAGAUCGAGAUAAGGCCUGGACUUGUAAUAAGGAAGGGUAACAGGUUUGUGUGUCGGCCCUUUGUUUCUGAAAUUGUUUCUCUGAAGGCGGAGAGUAUAGAUCUCUCUGAAGCAUAUCCUGGGGGGCUGAUAGGUGUUGGAACAACGAUGGACCCCUCGUUCUGCAAGGCAGACAAGCUGGUUGGACAGGUUAUGGGGAAGCUGGGGUUUCUCCCGUCGAUUUUCCAUAAGAUAACUGUCGAGUAUAGCCUCUUUCCAAAGACGACGAUCCAGGGGAGCUCAAAGCUGAAGGAGGGCGAGCAUGUGCUGCUGAACAUAGGAAGUACAACCACUGGGAGUGUGAUAGGAAGGAUCAACGAGACCUCCGGAGAGUUCGACCUGGUGAAGCCUGCAUGCUGCGAAAUUGGAGAAAGAAUAGCAAUAUCAAGAAAGAUCAACAACCACUGGAGGCUAAUAGGACACGGGGAGAUCAAGGACGGAACAUGUAUUGAGCCGGAGUAUGAUGCCGAGAUAGAUGAUGCGCAGCGGAAGGCCGACUAG